UAGCGGAAGUAGUUGUGAGUGUCUUUGCAACCGCCGCCGACGCUGCUGAGGGGUUUGUGGUGGUUCGAGGAUUUGUGGUGGAGUCGCCAGCAGGUUCUCUGCAAGCGGGGAAAUGGAGGGAGACGGCUCGGACCCGGAGCCGCCCGACGCGGGGGAGGACAGCAAGUCGGAGAACGGAGAGAACGCUCCCAUCUACUGCAUCUGCCGCAAGCCCGACAUCAACUGCUUCAUGAUCGGCUGUGACAACUGCAACGAGUGGUUCCAUGGGGACUGCAUCCGGAUCACGGAGAAGAUGGCCAAGGCCAUCCGUGAGUGGUACUGCCGGGACUGCCGAGAGAAAGACCCGAAGCUGGAGAUUCGCUAUCGGCACAAAAAGUCCAGAGAGCGGGAUGGCAGUGAAAGGGACAGCAGUGAGCCUCGGGAUGAGGGUGGAGGGCGCAAGAGACCUGUUCCAGACCCGGACCUGCAGCGCCGCGCAGGGUCAGGGACAGGGGUUGGGGCCAUGCUCGCUCGGGGCUCUGCAUCGCCCCACAAAUCCUCUCCACAGCCCUUGGUGGCCACAUCUAGUCAGCAUCACCAGCAGCAGCAGCAGAUCAAACGGUCAGCCCGAAUGUGUGGUGAGUGUGAGGCAUGCCGGCGUACAGAAGACUGCGGUCACUGUGACUUCUGCCGUGACAUGAAGAAAUUUGGGGGCCCCAAUAAAAUCCGCCAGAAGUGCCGGCUACGCCAAUGCCAGCUGCGGGCCCGGGAAUCAUACAAGUACUUCCCAACUUCGCUCUCUCCUGUGACACCCUCAGAGUCCCUACCAAGGCCCCGCCGGCCACCGCCCACUCAACAGCAACCACAGCCAUCCCAGAAGUUGGGCCGUAUCCGGGAAGAUGAGGGGACAGUAGUAUCAGUAGUCAAGGAGCCACCUGAGGCUACAGUCACACCUGAGCCACUCUCAGAUGAGGAGCUACCACUAGACCCUGACCUGUACCAGGACUUUUGUGCAGGAGCCUUUGAUGACCAUGGCCUGCCCUGGAUGAGUGACACAGAAGAGUCCCCAUUCCUGGACCCUGCACUGCGCAAGAGGGCAGUGAAAGUGAAGCAUGUGAAACGCCGGGAGAAGAAGUCUGAGAAGAAGAAGGAGGAGAGAUAUAAACGGCAUCGACAGAAGCAGAAACACAAGGACAAAUGGAAACACCCAGAGAGAGCUGAUGCCAAGGACCCUGCAUCUCUGCCACAGUGCCUGGGGCCUGGCUGUGUGCGAGCUGCCCAGCCUGGCUCCAAGUAUUGCUCAGAUGAUUGUGGCAUGAAGCUGGCAGCCAACCGUAUCUAUGAGAUCCUCCCCCAGCGCAUCCAGCAAUGGCAGCAGAGCCCUUGCAUUGCUGAAGAACAUGGCAAGAAGCUGCUAGAACGCAUUCGCCGUGAACAGCAGAGUGCUCGCACACGUCUCCAGGAAAUGGAACGCAGAUUCCAUGAGCUUGAGGCCAUCAUUCUGCGGGCCAAGCAGCAGGCUGUUCGAGAGGAUGAGGAGAGCAAUGAGAAUGACAGUGAUGACACAGACCUACAGAUCUUCUGUGUCUCCUGUGGGCACCCCAUCAACCCACGUGUUGCCUUGCGCCAUAUGGAGCGCUGCUAUGCCAAGUAUGAGAGCCAGACGUCCUUUGGGUCCAUGUAUCCCACACGCAUUGAAGGGGCCACACGACUCUUCUGUGAUGUCUACAAUCCUCAGAGCAAAACAUACUGUAAGCGGCUCCAGGUGCUAUGUCCUGAGCACUCACGGGACCCCAAAGUGCCAGCUGAUGAGGUCUGUGGUUGCCCCCUUGUACGCGAUGUCUUUGAGCUCACAGGUGACUUCUGCCGUCUGCCCAAGCGCCAGUGCAAUCGCCACUACUGUUGGGAGAAGCUGCGGAGGGCUGAAGUGGACUUGGAGCGAGUGCGGGUGUGGUACAAGCUGGAUGAGCUGUUUGAGCAGGAGCGCAAUGUUCGCACAGCCAUGACAAACCGGGCAGGGUUGCUGGCCCUGAUGCUGCACCAAACGAUCCAGCAUGACCCACUAACAACUGACCUGCGCUCCAGUGCCGACCGCUGAGCCUCACCAGCCCAGAGCCCCUCCCACCCCGCAUUCCAGCUGGGAGAGUGGCCCUGGGUGCUCCAGUUGUCCAUUCCUCCAUUCAUGUUCCUUCCACUGUCCCUGAGUGUUCUCCCACGGUCCAUCCAGUUUGACUGCCCAGCUACCCUGAGCAAGAGGGUGUCAGAAUUCUCUGUCCUCGUUUGUCCCUCUGUCUCCAUUCUCUGUGCCUAGGUGGGACUUCCCUUGUCUUUCCCCUCCCCUGGGUUUUGUUAAUAAAAUUUUGAACCAAGGAAGAGAACUCCUGAUGGUCUC